AUGAAUUUCAGAGGAAAGAAAAGUUCUGCUAUCUGUGACUAUUGUAGACAACGUCGACAUAUCAGGGAAACCUGUUGGAUCCUCCAUCCACAUUUGAAACCAAGAAAUGAAAAGAAUGCUAAGUCUGCACAUGGUUCUGCUGCCAAAAAUGUGAGCUCCACCAAUGACUAUGGAAAUGGUGUUUUCUCAAAGAAUGCACCAGGUUCUAAUUUGAGUCAAGUCACCUCUAAGGAGACUUAUGCAAAUCAUGCUUCUUUAAAUUCUCCUACCCUGUUUGGUGAGCUUACUAAAUUGCUUCAACAGUUUGUUGAUAAACCAUUUGAGCUUAUUCACUCUGACUUAUGGGGUGCUCCUAUAGAAUCACAUGAUGGUUAUAAGUAUUUUGUCACAUUUGUUGAUGAUCUUUCCAGAGCCAUAUGGUUAUACUUGUUAAAAUCAAAAAAGGAAGUUGUUUCGUGCUUUAAAGAUUUUCAUAAACUGAUUGUGAAUCAAUUCAAUUCUCAAAUUAAGGUGUUGCGAUCUGACAAUGGUACAGAGUUUAUGACAAGUUCUAUGUCAGAAUUCUUGACUGGUGAAGGCAUCAUUCAUGAGACGAGUUGUGUUGGUACUCCUCAACAAAAUGGAGUAGCCGAGAGGAAAAAUCGGGAUCUUCUUGAGAAAACCAGAUCUCUCAUGUUUCAAAUGAAUGUUCCCAAAAAGUUAUGGUCACAAGUAGUUCUUACUGCUGCAUACUUGAUAAAUAGACUUCCCAGCCGUAUUCUUGGCUCCAAGUCGCCACUUGAAAUUCUCAAGAAUCGAAAAAUUGAUCUUUCUCAUCUACGAGUGUUUGGGUGCUUAUGUUUUGUUCAUGUUCAAGCUACUCAACGAGAUAAAUUUGAUCCUCGAGCUACAAGAAGUGCUUUCCUUGGAUAUUCUUCAACACAAAAAGGGUAUAAAUGUUAUGAUCCUAAAGCAAGGAAAAUGGUUAUUUCUCGUGAUGUUCAAUUUGUUGAAACAGAAGCUUUCUUUAAGGAGAAAUUAGGGGCUGACUCUCAGAGGAAGAAUCCAUUUGAUCAAGUUCCUUUACUAAUUGUUGACACAACUGAAGGAUGUUAUCCAUCAAAUACGGAUGGAGAUGGUGCUGAUUCGAGAAAUUCUCUCUCACAUAAUUUGGCUGGAGACAAUGAUAUUUCACCUCAAAAUGAGGAAUCUGUUUUUAAUGCAAUGGAAGAAGAGAUUCAAGCUCUUGAUGAAAACAACACUUGGACUAUAGUCAAGCUGCCAGAAGGAAAAAAGCCCGUUGGUUGUAAAUGGGUUUACAAAAUUAAGUUCAGAAGUGAUGGAUCAAUUGAGAGACAUAAGGCGAGGCUAGUUGCUAAAGGAUUUACUCAAACUUAUGGGGUAGACUACAAAGAGACUUUCGCACCGGUUGCAAAGAUGAACACGAUAAGAGUUCUUUUGUCUAUUGCUGUGAACUACGAUUGGCCCCUAUAUCAAAUGGAUGUCAAAAAUGCUUUUUUGCAUGGGGACUUAAAAGAAGAAGUCUACAUGAACAUUCCUCCAGGACAUCCUCAAGAAAAUCAAGAAGGAUUUGAUGGAUCCUUUGGAAAGCUUGUUGUCCUAAUAUAUGUUGAUGAUUUAAUAAUCACAGGGAGCAAUAAUGCUGAAAUCUCUAAACUAAAGUUCUUUCUCUCUAAAAAUUUUGCCAUCAAGGAAUUAGGAGCAUUGAAAUACUUCCUUGGAAUCGAAAUUGCUUUAUCAAAAAAGGGUAUGUUUCUUAACCAAAGAAAGUAUGUGUUGGAUCUUCUUCAAGAAACAGGGAUGCUAGGUGCCAAACCUACUGAAAAUCCAGUUAACAGCAAGGAGAAACUUAGUUUGGAUGGGGAAUUGUUAUAA